CUGAGCUAUCCCUUCCUCAGUGCUUUCUGUUUUUUUCUCUUUUUCAGUUCUGCUGUUGAUGAAUCAGAGGAAAAACACAGGCGUACGUCUACUACCAAGUCCCCCCUUCUUGGCACUGCCGCACAUCCGCUUACGAUAGUUAGUCGGAAAACUUCUGUUGCCGGGCCGCCAAACAAUCAGACGUCUAAAGUCCCCUCCUUGGUAAACAAUGAGACCUGGCUGGCUCUCCGUGAGGCUGCUAAAGCGGCUACUUUGGCGAUUGAGAAUAACAUCCAUCAACAGCAUCGACAACAGCAGUCCGCCUGUUCGUCCGAGCCUGCCGGCACCAUCAAGAACUUUGUCACCGUUUCCUCAGUUUCGUCCGCGUCUGGGGUGAUGACGACGUCUGCGACGGCAUCGUCAUCAAAAGAGAUGCCUCAACGAGGCAUCCAGAAACUAAUUCCCUCAAGCUACCAAGUCGCCUGCAUGGCGGCUGGAAUUUCUUCCGUGGAACACCAUCAAGAUUAUCCUGCUAUUGGUCAACUUCAACUGAAGACCGUGUUUUAA